CUGGUGAUGAGCGGUGGUCUUGAGUCAAUCAGUGCACAAGCGAAUGACGAUUCCUGUCUCGGAGUUGUGGACCGUCCAGCGCAUCGACAAUGCUGGACGUGGUGUUGUUGCCAGUCAGCCGAUUCCCAAAGACACUGUGAUCCUUCGCAGCGGACCGCCGGUGGUGCACGUCAUCUUCAAGAAAUACGGCAAAGAAACAUGCGCACAAUGCUUCCUGUGGGACCGCGGGCGGACAUUGCGCGAGCGCGAGAAUGAGCUGGGCAAAGUCUUCUGCUCGGCGGAGUGCCGUGUGCAAUGGAUGCUGGAGCAGGAAAUCGAUGGGAUCGAAGCAUGGCGCACUCUGACGGCGUUCGUGAAGACAAAGUCCAGCAACAACGGCGGGAGCGAUGAGUCGAUGGCGGAAGGCGCGAAGCCCAGCGUGGAUACCAUCCGACUGCUCUGGCAGAAGGCGGAAGAAGCUGCUCUCCUGCUGCGUCGCGCCCGCGCCAAGUCCGGCGUGUCGAAGACGGAGCGAAAGACGCUCAACGCCAUCCAGCGGCAGCUCGCACAGUCCAAGGACGCCGACACCCUGAGUUACUUCCUGAGCGGCCUCCUCCUCGAGCGUCGAGCAGAUUCGGAGCGUCAACGACAAGAGUUUCUCGAGCUUGCCAUGGACGACACGCCAUACAAGACGCAGCAGGAUCUCGAGGACAGCUGCACGGCAUUCCUUCAGCUCAUCUCAAUUUUGCCGACCCACCUUAUUGACCUCUUGACGCCUCAGCUUUGCCUCAACAUUGUGCGUGCCGACAACCACAAUGCUUUCGGCAUACGCGCGGGCGGCGAAGACAGUGAGGAGUACAUGGGCUACGCCGUAUACCCCUCCGCAUCGUACUUCAACCAUUCCUGCGAUGCGAAUGUCCACAAGAAACGUGCCGGUAGAGAAUGGAGCUUCCACACAGCUCGCGACAUAUUGCCCGGCGAGCAGUUGUGCAUCACCUAUUUGGGCGGCGACGAGAAGGACCUCGACGUCACUGCCCGUCGAAACAGAUUGCAAGACGCCUGGGGCUUUGUAUGCCAAUGCGCAAGAUGUAACAGCGACGCUCCGUCCUAGCGGCCGAACCAUGGAACAAACCCACUUGGCCGUGUAGUAGGUGCACAUCUCUCCCCUUUUGCGGGGAGAUCGCGAAAGCAAAUUCAAGGCAUUCAUUUU